AGCAGGACGUGAUUGGUGGCUGGCGCUGGUAUAUAUGCGUGAGUCCUCACUCCCACCCUCUCGCCAGUGGAAUUUCAUCUGAGCUUCUGCACCUUCAGGGCAGACGAGGAAAUAAAUAAACAAAAGCUGGCAGGCUGACGGGAACUUGCAUUUUACAGGACGGAUUAUCUGGUAACUGACCAUUUUGCUGUGGCACACUCGGACUCCGUGUUUUCGUGGGAUUUUCACCAUGAGCUCAGUCGCUGUACUUACGCAGGAAAGCUUCAACGAGCAUCGCAGUGGGCUGUUGCCAGAGCAGAGUGGAGCUGCUGUGGCAGGACCAAGUGGUAAAGAGGAGGAGGAUGCUCUCCCCACCUAUAAAGAUGCUUUCCCCCCUCUGCCUGAGAGGGCGGCCACUCCUGACGGGACCCAGGAAACUGCCAACGCCUGGACCAAGAUCCGCCCUCUCAAGUCGUCGAUCAUCACCCAGGUUUUUCAUGUGCCGCUGGAGGAGCGCAAGUACAAGGACAUCAACCAGUUUGGGGAAGGAGAUCAGGCUAAGGUCUGUGUGGACAUCAUGCACAAGACUGGAGCCCACCUGGAACUGUCCUUAGCAAAAGACCAGGGUCUCUCCAUCAUGGUGUCUGGGAAGCUGGAUGCUGUGAUGAAGGCCCGUAAGGAGAUCGUGUCCCGACUGCAGACUCAGGCCUCAGCUACUGUUGCCAUCCCAAAGGAGCACCAUCGAUUUGUCAUUGGCAAAAAUGGGGAGAAGCUUCAGGAGCUUGAGCUGAAAACUGCCACAAAAAUCCAGAUCCCACGACCUGACGACCCCAGCAACCAGAUCAAGAUCUCUGGUACCAAGGAGGGCUUGGAGAAGGCGAAGCACGAGAUCCUGUUGAUCUCAGCUGAGCAGGACAAGCGUGCUGUGGAGAGGGUGAACAUUGACAAGGUGUACCACCCUUUCAUCACCGGUGCUUUCAACAAGAUGGUGUCAGAAAUGGCGCAAGACACCGGUGCCCGCAUCAACGUCCCCCCUCCAAGUGUAAACAAGACUGAGAUUGUCAUCACUGGGGAGAAGGAGCAGGUAGCCCUUGCUGUGGCUAUGAUUAAGAAGGUUUAUGAAGAGAAGAAGAAGAACACCACCACCAUCGCAGUGGAGGUGAAGAAGUCUCAGCACAAAUACGUGGUUGGCCCCAAGGGAAACACCCUGCAGGAGAUCCUGGAUAGAACUGGCGUUUCAGUGGAGAUCCCACCUUCAGACAGCAGCUCAGAAACUGUCAUCCUUCGUGGGGAGCCGGACCGUCUGGGUCAGGCCCUCACUGAAGUUUAUGCCAAGGCAAACAGCUACACUGUUUCCUCGGUAUCGGCUCCCUCUUGGCUGCACCGUUUCAUCAUUGGCAAGAAGGGGCAAAAUUUGGCCAAAAUUACUCAACAGAUGCCCAAGGUGCACAUCGAGUUCACCGAGGGAGAGGACAAGAUCACCCUUGAGGGUCCGACCAAAGACGUCCAAAUGGUUCAGAGUCAGAUUGAAGCCAUUGUCAUAGAUUUGGUGAGCCGCAUGGACUAUGCUGAGAUUACUGUUGACCCCAAAUUUCACCGGCAUCUGAUUGGAAAGGGAGGCGUCAACAUUAAUCGCAUCAAAGAGAUGCACAAGGUGACUGUCCGUAUUCCCCCCGACAAUGAGAAGAGCAACCUGAUCCGCAUCGAGGGGGACCCUCAGGGUGUGCAGGAGGCCAAGAAGGAGCUGCUGGAGCUUGCGUCUCGCAUGGAGAACGAGCGUACAAAGGACCUGAUUAUCGAACAGCGUUUUCACAGAGCCAUUAUCGGGCAGAAAGGGGAGAAAAUCAAAGAAGUGCGCGACAAAUUCCCCGAGGUCAUCAUCAAUUUCCCUGACCCAGCCCAUAAAAGUGACAUUGUUCAGCUGAGGGGACCGCGAACUGAAGUUGAAAAAUGCUCCAAAUUUAUGCAGAAGAUGGUGGCAGAGAUGGUGGAGAACAGCCACUCUGUGUCCGUCCCCAUUUUUAAACAGUUCCACAGAAACAUCAUUGGAAAGGGAGGCUCAAACAUCAAGAAGAUUCGAGAAGAAACAAACACCAAAAUUGACCUGCCUGCAGAAAACAGCAACUCGGAGAUGAUCGUCAUCACUGGCAAGAAGGUGAACUGUGAGGCGGCUCGGAACCGGAUCUUGGCCAUUCAGAAGGAGCUUGCAAACAUCACAGAGAUGGACGUGUCCAUCCCUUCAAAGUUGCAUAACUCCCUGAUUGGGUCAAAGGGCCGUCUGGUGCGUUCCAUCAUGGAGGAGUGCGGCGGCGUGCACAUCCACUUCCCCAAUGAGGGCUCUGGCGUGGACAAGGUUACCAUCAGAGGGCCUGUGGAGGAGGUGGAGAAAGCCAAGCAGCAACUGCUUGCUCUGGCAGAGGAGAAGCAAACCAAGAGUCACACAGCGGAGCUACAUGCAAAGCCAGAGUACCACAAGUUUCUCAUCGGGAAGGGCGGUGGAAACAUACGCAAGGUCCGAGACAGCACCGGCGCCAGAAUCAUCUUCCCCACCCCCGAGGACAAGGACCAGGAGCUCAUCACUGUGGUUGGCACCGAGGAGGCUGUGCGGGAGGCCCAGAAAGAGCUGGAGGAGCUCAUCAAGAGUUUGGACAACAUCGUGGAGGACACCAUGAAUGUCGACCCAAAGCACCAUCGCUACUUUGUGGCUCGCCGAGGUCAAGUCCUCAGGGACCUGGCUGACGAGUACGGUGGUGUCAUGGUGAGCUUCCCCCGCACAGCUUCUCAGAGCGACAAAGUCAGCCUGAAGGGAGCAAAAGAAUGUGUGGAAGCAGCCAAGAAGCGGAUGCAGGAGAUGAUUGAAGACCUGGAUGCUCAAGUAACGAUGGAGUGCGUGAUCCCCCAGAAGUUCCACCGUUCCAUCAUGGGUCCGAAGGGCUCCCGGAUUCAGCAGAUCACCAGAGAUCACAACGUGCAGAUCAAGUUUCCAGAGCGAGAGGAUCCACAAGCAGCAGCUCAUUCAGAGGCUCCUGCACAAGAGAACGGAGAAGCUAAUGGUGAAUUGAAGGAGUCUGUUGAUCCAGAAGCCCCCAAAAGGUGUGACGUGAUCGUCAUCUCCGGCCGUAAAGAGCGAUGUGAAGCUGCCAUCGAAGCCCUGAAGGCUUUGGUUCCUGUGACCAUUGAGGUGGACGUGCCUUUUGAGCUUCACAGAUACAUCAUUGGACAGAAAGGAAGCGGAAUUCGCAAAAUGAUGGAUGAAUUUGAAGUCAAUAUUCAAGUGCCUGGUCCUGAUCUCCAGUCUGAUAAAAUCUCAAUCACUGGUUUGGCCAGUCACCUUGACCGCGCCAAAGAGGGGCUGCUGGAGCGCGUCAAAGAGCUGCAGGCAGAUCAGGAGGAUCGGGCACUAAGGAGCUUUAAGCUGACCAUCACUGUGGACCCCAAGUAUCACCCCAAAAUCAUUGGUCGCAAGGGAGCCAUCAUCACGAACAUUCGCACCGAGCAUGACGUUAACAUCCAGUUUCCAGAGAAGAACGAUGAAAAUCAGGAUCAGAUAACCAUAACAGGGUAUGAGCACAAAGCCAUAGCAGCAAGGGACGCCAUCCAGGCCAUUGUAGAUGAGCUGGAGGAGAUGGUCUCUGAGGACAUCACGCUGGACAGCAGGGUCCACGCCCGCAUCAUCGGAGCGCGCGGCAAGGGCAUCCGCAAAAUCAUGGACGAGUUCAAGGUGGACCUGAGAUUUCCUCAGAGCGGAGCUGCAGACCCGAACGUCGUGACGGUGAUCGGCCGCCCUGAGCAUGUGGAUGAAGCCAUCGAUCACCUCCUAAACCUGGAGGAGGAAUACAUGGCAGACGUGGCGGAAAAUGAGGCAAAGAUGGCUCACAUGAGGCCCUCUGGCGGUAGUGUUGCUGCAGGCGGCGGCGGCGGCGGUGGUGGAGCCUCCGAUGAGAGCCGUGGUCCAUCCAAAGGUUUUGUGGUGAGGGAGGCUCCCUGGGCUAACCCCAAUGAGAAAGCUCCCGACAUGAGCAGCUCUGAAGAUUUCCCGAGCUUUGGAGCUCCGGUCCCAACCAAGACCUCCCCCUGGGGGCCCAAACGCUUUUAAGCCAUGCUGGUACAGAUGGACCCGAGUCUAACCGGUCACAAUCGUCUCCGUCGUCAUUCCCCCUCUUGGCCUGGACUGACUGCUGACCCUCCGAGUGCUCAAACCUGACAGUCAUCCAUUUCUCCUGGCCUUGGCCUCCAGUCAGCAUCUACAAGUGCUCCGGGCUGUUGUGGUUGACGUGUGAGCGCUGUCCCUGCAUUUAAUAACUGUCUUUUGCUUGAAUCGUGUGACCGGUGACGCGGUCGAGUCUGCAAAAAACAGAGGUUUAAAUGUCAAGUGAAGCUAACGGUGCAUUUGGUUUCACACUGCUAUACCAAAUUCUGGUGGCCAGACAUCAGCUUAUUCUCAUUUCCAGCCGCCCUUAGUUGCCUUUGCAGAAAACGGCUGACCAGAUUCUGAAUACUAACCCCGCCCCCUCCGCUUCGUCCAUGUAGCUGAGUGAAGUGUCCGUUCGUAGCCCCACGUUCUCUGUUGUGGUUGUCCCGUUCAUUCGCUUGUAGCCGUGCUUCUGUGUACUUGAAAACGUGGCAUCUACCUUGCAGCCUUAUGAGCUUUUGGGGGGCGGCGGCGGCGGCGUCAGCUUGCGUUCAGCCACACAUACUGCCAGAUGCUUGGAAAAGAUGCCAUAACAAAACUUUGUACAACACUAGACAUUUAACCUCACACUAACUGUUGAAUGGACUUUUUGUAAACAUCCGAGUAAAAGACUACAGAGAAAUAACCCGACUGUUUCAGGCAAAACAACAGAAUCUCUUGUGCCAACCGUCUGUCCAGUGACGUCCCGUGUUCCUCACCUUCUGUUUUGGGUCAGCGUCCAGUUCCUUUCGUCUUCCAGUUGCUAUGCAGGUCGAGCUGGUCCGCAGCAACGGUCCUCCCCUUCGUGUUUUCAAUCAGCCUUACAGCUAGAACGAUAAAAACCAGGUGGAGAUGCAAAUCAUGGUGCAUUUGUAACGACUGGAAAUCCUCCAAAAAGCUCAGAUUCUCACCCACAGACACAAUAAUGACCUUUACCCUUUUGGUGGACGCUUGGCUUGUUAGCUGCUAAACCAUCGCAUCCGUCUGUCCUGGUUUCUAUCCUUCUAGUACAAAAAAAAAUAUGCAAAUGCCAUCAAAGUGAACGGUUAUCGAUCACACUGGGAAAAAAGUCCAAAAAUCAAUUAAAAAUUGAAAAUCCUU